AAUUUUUAGUGCCAAAAAUGGCAUCUAUAUCACAUGGGAUAGGAGCUUAAGUGUGCAAAGCCAGUCAUGCUUGAAGCACCAAUCUGCCAAAGCUGUGAACUGCAACAGAAAAGGUCACUUGGUCAAAAACAUAAAUCACAGUUUUCUUCUAAAACAAGGUGGGUUGUUUCAGAGGUUGGUGAUAUUAGUUCCUGUGAAGAGAACUUUGAGAAGCUUUUCAACAAUGGAAUGCUAUGGAGAAGGAAGACGACUAAGAGGGAAAGUUGCUGCCGCUGAAGCUGAACAACCCAGAAACCAUGUCUUACAGUCAAGAAAUCCCAGGAACACUAACAUGGGUAUGACUUGCGGUAAAAGGGCAAGGCCUGAACUUGAGGGGCUUAAGCAACAUGAAAGGGAGACUCAAGAAGCAAUUGUGGAUAUUUCUGGACAAAAGAAAACGAUAUUAAUCAAAUCUGAGAACCAAGAGCAAGAGGAUGAAAUGUCAGCCGUGAAAAUGGGAGUUCCAAGAAGUGAGAACCUGAGACACGAGUGGGAGGGGAGGUUUAAGACGGAGCUCCCUGAGGUGGAAACUGCUGGGACAGGGACCCCAAACACUGUGGUGUCUCCUGAGACUUUGAAGAAGAUGGGGGCGUAUGAUGAAGUCAAUGAUGAUAUACUGUCUACACUUUCAGGUCCCCCUCAAGUACCUGAUGCAAGUGGGCUCACAGCAGAAUUGGGCCAGGCUUAUGCACUGGCGAUUCCUGCAGUGAAGAAUGCGCUGAUAUCCUUCCUAAUAACUAAAAAGUCAGAGGAUCUAGCCUUUAUGAUCAGUCAAGCUAACAGCGCAUUCGCAUCUCUUUAUGCCCUCAAUGCUGAUUGUGGUUCGCUCUACAAUAAUGUGAGAUCUUACAUUCGUCACUACUCUGAAUUCUCUACAGCUCAGAAAGAGUUACAGGAGAACAUGGAAGCUGUAGAGCUGGUAUCUUCUUAUGAGAAUAUUUCUGAUCAAUCUACUGAAGCAGCAAGGGCUGUUUCUGAAAUUGAGGCAAAUCUGGAAAAAGCCAGAGAGUACCUUGCUCCUCUUGAAGCAAGGUAUCAAGAGACCAAGGCCUUGCUGGACAAGCUUGAGGCAGAGCUUGGACAAAGGAGAACCGAGGUGGCUUACCUGGAAGCUGAGAAGAUACAGCAGGAGGAAGCAAUGGCUGAAACUGAGAUAAAACAUCACACUAUUGCUGCACAGGCAAAGGAAGCCAAAGAAACACUUCAAUCUAUUCUCCGCCGACUAGAGGCUGCUACAGCUGCUAUGGAAGAGACUAAAGCUCUCCUUUCCACUUCUUGA